AUGAGUAACGGAUUAGAACCGAACUUUGAAUAUAUGGCUGCUCAUGCCAGUGAUUAUAUCGCAAAUGGAAUGUUAUUUAGCGUUUAUGACGAAGAAGACAUCCCAAAAAUAUUAAAACAUGCCAAAUUAACUACAGACGAAUAUAUUUCCCUAAUUAAGCAAUCAACAACUAAAUUGAAAGCAAGAAGACUAUAUACAUAUACUCGUACUACAUCUAUUUCCAUCAAUAAUCUAGCUGAUGCUAUUACAUUCCUUAAAUCAAUUAAAAAGCACAUGAAGCUAGGCAUAUUAUCCGGAGUUAUUGAUAUUUUAAACAAAACAUCUCAGGAAAUAGAAGACUCAUCAAAAAAGUUCCAAAAAAUCGAAAAUUCACUUGCAGAACUUCAAAAGAAAGUUGAUCAGAUUUCUGAAGAGAACAAAAUGUUGAAAAAGGAAAUUAUAGAUAUCAGUUACUCAGAGAAGUUUCUUACUAAAAUAGCAUCAUAUAAAAGAUCAGAUGAUUUCAAUGCUAUUUAUCAAUUCCUUGAUGACAUAUCAAAAUCAAGAAAUCAAAGGAAGUUAAUGAAAGCAUUCCAAGAAGGUCUUUGUGAUAAGAAAGGAGAUGAUAACAGAGUUGCACUUCAUGAAGCAGCAGCCAAUGGAAACUUAAGACUUGUUAAAGCUCUUGUUCAAACUGGUUGCAACAUUGAAGUUAAAACUGACAAUGAAUCAACACCAUUAAUUUGGGCAUCUUAUAACAACCACAAUGAUGUUGUUCAAUAUCUUUUGUCUGUUGGAGCAAACAAAGAAGCAAAGGAUGAUUUGGGAUACACGGCACUAAAUUGGGCAUCAUAUCAAGGUAAUCUUGAGAUUGUUAAGUGUCUCAUUUCAUCAGGAGCAAAUAAAGAAACAAAGAAUGAUGAUGGAAACACACCAAUUAUUUGGGCAACGUUUAAUGGUCAUAAAGAUGUUGUUCAGUAUCUUCUUUCUGUUGGCGUUAACAAAGAAUCAAGAGAUGCUUAUGGAAAUACUCCUUUACAUUUGGCGUCUUCCUUUGGAUAUCUUGGUAUUGUUAAGUGUCUGAUUAAAGCCAAAGCAAAGAAAGAAGUAAUUAAUGAUGAUGAAAACACUCCACUCAACUUGGCUGCAAUCAAUGAUCAUAUUGAGGUAGUUAAAUACCUUGUAUCAGUUGGUGCUGAUAAAUUCGCAAAGAACAAAGAAGGAAAAUCACCAUUUGCCUGUGGACAUGCUGAGAUAAAGGAAUAUCUAAUAUCCCUCAUAUAA